AUGGUGAAAAGCCAACAGUAUUUCGUUCUCAGGAUCGAUGACGGGAGAGGGAAGUAUGCGUUUAUCGGGCUAGGGUUCGCUGAGAGGAACGAAGCGUUUGAUUUCAAUGUGGCGUUAUCGGAUCAUGAAAAGUACGUUAGGAGGGAGAAAGAGAAGGAGACCGGAGAGACGAGUGAGAGCGAUAAUCAUAUCGAUAUACAUCCCGCCGUUAAUCACAGAUUGAAGGAAGGUGAAACCAUAAGAAUCAACGUGAAACCCAAACCAACAACAAAUGGCACUGGGAUGCUCUCAGCUGCUCUUUCAGGAACCGGGAAGCCAAAACCACUAGCACUUGCGCCACCUCCCAAAGCUGCUGGAGUAACCAGGUCUCCUUUACCGCCACCACCAAACGAUCCCGUCGCGUCAAGGAUUGCAUCUGAUGGCUGCAAAGAUUCUAUUGAUAAUACAAGACGCAGGAACGAGCCUCUAUCUGAUCUAACUCAGCUUAAGAAGAAUCUUCCUUCAACGGCGGGAUCAGGAUCGACCAAGUCAACAGGAGCUGCAUCAGGUUGGGCAGCUUUCUGAUCAAUGGAGUGUAAAAUUUUAAGUUGGUUGGUGGACAAGUCCGUCCGGCUUCAUCUUCUUGUGACUUGAGAGCAUGAGACAAUGGUGAAAAGCCAACAGUCUUUUUGAUGUAUGUUACUGGUAAGUUUGAUGUUGUGUUUCUUUGUAAUCCCAUACUCCCUCUGUUUUAUUUUUCUUUCUUCCUUCCCUUACAAUCAUCUUUGUUACAUUAUCAAAUUAUCACUAAUCAUUAUCAUCUGGGCCACUGAGAUAUUAAUAUAUUAAAA